AUGGAUCCUUCUAUUAUGGAAAAAAGCUGGGACGAACUUGCUGAUCCUAAACGUGUCUGGGUUGGAGAAGCAGGGAGUCGAGAAGAAGGUUUGGGCCGUCUUGUUCUUCUUACGCCCGAGCGCGUCGCAAAUGCAGCACAGAGCCAGAUCAAGGCAGGAAUACGAGUUAAUCUGGGUUGGGAUCUGAAUAAGCUCGAGUAUGCUUGUUUCAAUCGACAGCCAUGUGAGCUGAAGAUGGUGCCUCUGCUAGACGGUGUAGCAUUUGAUGAUAUCUACGUUAUGAACCCACAGCAAAGUAGCCAGUGGGAUGGCCUGCGACACUUCUCCAUGCCUCGAGAGGAUGGUAGCGCAGAGCGUGUGUUUUAUGGAGGGACUACGAAAGACGAGAUUCUGGACCGGUCCAACGAUAGAAUUGGUAUUCAGCAUUGGGCUCAAGAAGGAAUUACAGGCCGAGGCGUUUUAAUCGACUAUGCAUCAUGGGCAGAGAAAAGAGGUAUCAAGUAUACGACAUUUUCUCAACACACCAUCAAACUCGUCGAGAUCUUGGAAAUUGCCAAGGAAUGCAAUAUCACUUUCCAACGUGGCGACAUUCUUCUCGUACGCAUUGGUGUCAUUAAAGAGUGGGAGCAUGAGAUGGAUGUAGCAGCCAAGCAGGCCUACGCCGUCAGCACAAGCCCCAAGCACGCAGGUGUCGAGGGAACAAUGGACGUGCUCAAGUGGGUAUGGAAUACAGGGUUUGCGGCUGUGGCUGGCGAUGCGAUUAGUUGGGAGGUAUAUCCGCCUCUUGAGGGAACAAUCUUGAUGCACGAGUAUAUGCUGGCUGGAUGGGGGAUGCCGAUUGGUGAAUUAUUUGAUCUUGAGAAAUUGGCCGAGACAUGCAAGCAACUAAACCGCUGGACGUUUUUCAUGGUUUCGUCGCCAUUCAACAUGAAGGGUGGCAUUUCUUCUCCACCAAAUGCGCAAGCCAUCUUCUAG